AUGGCUGAUCGGCCAUUUGUCGACAAGAAGCUGUGUUGGUUUGCCGACACCAGAGAUUCCGAUUUUUGCAUCGAUUUCCUGCCCCAGACGGAUAGAUCGGUGAUAGUGCUUUCUGGAGACUCAUGCCACGGAUUCAAAAUGAUGCCCGUCUUUGGAAAGUGGGUCGUGGACUUGCUGGAGGCUGGCAAGCAGCAAGAGCCACGGUGGCAGUGGAGGAACGUGGAACCAGGCCAGGAAGACUCAUUGGAUGAUUCUGUCAGUUGGCGUAUUGGCAAGUCCAGAGAGCUGAGUGAUCUUGCUCGUAAAAAGGCACGGUUGGAGCAGGCGAGGCUGUGAAGCGCCGACAGUGGCUAGAUACUCUACAGGACUUCAAUAGAACACGGUGGCUG